GUGCUGUACAAUGUGCAUGCCAUUUUUCUUUUAUAUCUGAAUAUUUAUUGUAGGGAUUUUGUUAGUGGCUUUUGAGUAAUACCAUUAACACUGGAAUGAACAAACACAAACCCUGGAUUGAGACAUCAUACCAUGGAAUCAUAACUGAAAACAAUGACACUGUGAUCUUGGACCCUCCCCUGGUUGCUUUGGAUAAAGAUGCUCCUGUUCCCUUUGCAGGUGAAAUCUGUGCUUUUAAAAUCCAUGGGCAAGAAAUGCCCUUUGAGGCUGUUGUGCUGAACAAGACAUCUGGAGAAGGUCAGCUCCGAGCGAAGAGUCCCGUUGACUGUGAGCUGCAGAAGGAAUACACAUUCAUCAUCCAGGCCUAUGACUGUGGAUCAGGACCAGGUGGAAAAAACUGGAAGAAAUCUCACAAGGCAGUAGUCCAUAUCCAGGUGAAGGAUGUCAAUGAGUUCUCCCCAGCAUUCAAGGAGAGUGUGUACAAGGCCUCAGUGACAGAGGGGAAGAUCUAUGACAGCAUCCUGCAGGUGGAAGCCACAGACGAGGACUGCUCCCCCCAGUACAGCCAGAUCUGCAACUACAAGAUCGUCACGGCAGAUGUGCCCUUUGCCAUCGACAGGAACGGUAACAUCAGGAACACUGAGAAACUGAGCUAUGAUAAACAGCACCAGUAUGAGAUACUGGUGACAGCUUUUGACUGUGGGCAGAAACACGCAACAGAAGAUGUCUUGGUGCACGUUAAUGUCAAACCCGUGUGCAAACCAGGCUGGCAAGACUGGAACAAACGGAUUGAAUACAGGCCUGGCUCUGGCAGCAUCCCCUUGUUCCCCAGCAUCCACCUGGAGACCUGUGAUGGACCAGUGUCCUCCAUCCACACCACCAUCGAGCUGCAGACCAGUUCCAUCGGAAAGGGCUGUGACCGCGAAACCUACUCCGAAAAGUCUCUGCAGAAAUUAUGUGGAGCUUCCUCAGGUGCCAUUGAUCUGUUACCAUCUCCCAGUGCAACAACCAACUGGACAGCUGGGCUCCUCAUGGAUAACAACGACAUAAUUUUUAAAUUUGAUGGAAAGCAAGGAGCCAAAAUCCCAGAUGGAAUUGUCCCGAAAAAUUUAACUGAUCAAUUCACCAUCACUCUGUGGAUGAAACAUGGACCUAGUCCUGGAUUAAGGGCCGAGAAGGAAACCAUUCUCUGCAACUCUGACAAGACAGAGAUGAACCGGCACCACUACGCGCUCUACGUGCACAACUGCCGCCUCGUGCUCCUGCUGCGCAAGGACUUCCACCGCGCCGACACCUUCCGCCCCGCCGAGUUCCACUGGAAGCUUGACCAGAUCUGUGACAAGGAGUGGCACUACUACGUGGUCAACGUGGAGUUCCCCGUGGUGACGCUGUACAUGGACGGGACCACCUAUGAGCCGUACCUGGUGACCAACGACUGGCCCAUCCACCCCUCCCACAUCGCCAUGCAGCUCACAGUGGGGGCUUGCUGGCAAGGAGGUGAAGUCACCAAGGCCAGGUUUGCUCAGUAUUUCCACGGCAGCCUGGCCAGUCUGACAAUCCGGCCAGGGAAAAUUGAGAGCCAGAAAGUGAUUUCCUGUUUGCAGGCCUGCAAGGAAGGCCUCGAUAUCAAUUCUCUUGAGAGUCUUGGCCAAGGAAUAAAGUAUCACUUCAACCCUUCCCAGUCAGUCCUUGUGAUGGAAGGAGAUGACAUUGAGAAUAUAAAUCAAGCCCUUCGAAAGGUCUCAUACAUCAACUCCAGACAGUUUCCUACUGCAGGCAUACGAUGUCUCAAAGUCUCAUCUAAAGUCCAGUGUUUUGGUGAAGAUGUCUGCAUUAAUAUCCCAGACAUAGAUGCCUAUGUAAUGGUGUUUCAGGCCAAUGAGCCUAAGAUUACCAUAACUGGGAUGGACCACUUUGCUAGACCAGCUGCAGAGUUUGAAAGUGAAAGAGGUGUUAUUUUGUUACCUGACAUCAGGAUCAUCAGCACAGUCACCAAAAUGGAGCAUUCAGUGGACUUGAGAGAAUAUGACAGAGCCAAUAAGCAAGUGGUAGUAGAGGAAAUGGUCCACAACUUGGAUUUCUGUGAUGUUUUGGUCAUUGGUGCAGAACUAGACCCCCAGCAGGAGUGUUUAGAACUAGAUCAUGGGGAGCUUCAAGGAAAACAUCUAGAUGCCACAAAUUCCACUGCAGGAUAUUCAAUCUAUGGUGUUGACAGCAUGUUCAGCUACGAGCAGGUGCUGCGGCAGCUCCGCUACCGCAACUGGGGCAGCUCGGCCACCUCCGACAGGAAAUUCAGGGUCAAGUGCUCCGAGCUCAACGGGCGCUACACCAGCAACGAGUUCAACCUGGAGAUUAAUAUUCUACACAGUUCCAACUCCAACUUCAUGGACCAUGUAAAUCACAUGAUAGUCCAGCCCAAAUUUCUCCAAUCUGUUCAGCACCCUGAGGGGAGUGUAAGUGCAGCUCACAGCUCAGUGAUUCCCGGCGUGGCCACAAUCGUUAUCAUCAUCUGUGUGAGCAUCCUGGUGUUGGUGAUAACCCUGGGAGUGUUCCGGCUCCGCUCGGCUCGUCAGCGCGGCUCCGUGGGGCACGAGGGAGCCAGGGAGAGCGAGAUGGACUGGGAUGACUCUGCUCUCACCAUCACUGUCAACCCCAUGGAGAAAUAUGAAAAGCCACACCAGACAGAAGAGGAGAGUGAGGAAGAAGACAUAGAUGAUGAAGAGGAAGACACAACCAGUGCUGAAUCAGAUGACAGUGAAGAGGAGGAAGAGGAGGAAGAGGAGGAGGAAGUGAUUGUCCAAAAGGGAGACAAACAGAAUGGCACCAGGCAAGAGCAGUUGGAGUGGGAUGAUUCAACACUCCCCUACUAACAAACAGCCCUCCAGCCACAGCUCUUUUGUAGCAACCAAUACAAUGUUUUUUCAGAGUCUAUGAAUUCAUUGACAGGAUUUGAACUUCUGCUUGCCUAUAACUGUUUAGCCUAAAAUGAUCUUGUUGUAGUAAUUGAUACUGAUAGAACUGACCCUUUUCUUACAAAGCCUGGGGAGAACGUGGUACAAACCUCCUGGUGCACACACUAAUAAAGUGAUCCAGAACUUGAUCUGUUAGCAAGCAUAGUUCUCAAUUUCCUGUUUCUACCCUGCAGAUGUGUGACAAAAGUCCUGUCACUCAAUCCAUUAAAGUUUUUGCCUUUGCUACUUUUUUCACACAGGAGAGAUUUCAGCUUGUUAUGGAAAAAUUACUUCUGUGGGUCUAAAUACCAGUUGCCAUCUAACUUCAUAUUCUUACAGGUGUAAAACACAUAAUCCACCUCCAAAGUGGGGCAGGGCUUUAGUGCUACAGGGGCUGAACUCCUGCCUUUUGGAUAUUAGCUGUCUUCUCCACGGGAAUAUCUAGGCUUGACAAGGGAUGCAUGUGUGCCUAUGUAGAUGUGGAUGGUGUAUUUUUUCAGGCAUGCUGUCAUACCCUCAAGAGAGGGAUUUUUAUCCAACCUACCAAUAGAAAUUAAAAAUGAGUUUAAGAAAAACAGCAACAAGAAGGGGCUGCUGAAGGUUACCAGAAAAAAAAACCAAAAAAACGACCCAGCUCAUUCUCUGUCCACAAAAGGUAAUAUGGUCUUAUGCAAACUGUAAAUUCUAAUGGGAUUGAUUCACUGAAAAUCUGUAGAGCUGUUCAUUAGUUAUGGAUUGAGCAAUUUGCAGCAAAUCAAUGCUUUAAACCGUCUGUCUCAUGGAAUCAUUGGCUUGCUGCAGCAUCUUACUGAACUAGAGGAAAAUAAGUGACCCCAUUAUUCCAGAACUAUGUAUGGCUGGGAUUUAAGCAAUUACUUUAAAUGAAGAAAAUGUUCCCUUUUGCUUAGUGAAUGCCAGCUGGAAUUCCUGUCUGACUGUAUUCUAGAGAAACAUGAUACCCUAUUUCUUCUGUACCCCUGCCUGCCUGUAGUGCACAAGAGAAAGGAACAACACUGUGAGCCCUCUUCUGUGCUCAUCAUUCUCCCUUAUUUCUUCUUCCUGAAGCCAUUAAAGUUGAGACUUUAUAAAGUAGACAAGGAAAAAUAAAACCUACAUGGAACCAAAAUAGUUGAAAACUAAAAUCUUAAGAGGUUGAGAGAGUAUUUUAGUUUGUUAUGGUAACACAGCAUAUUUUUCUUAAACACUGUUUAAAAAGAAAGAAAAAAAAAAAGGAAAAAGCAGAGUUAUGUACACAGUGUGUUGAUAAGUCUGUGUGGUGUGGUCUUUUGUCCCCUUUCUUUGAGUACCUUUGCAUCUUCAUCUGCUCUGCUUACCAAAUGCUGCAACAAUUGCUGGGGUAGCUUCUCCAAUGCUUAGAGGCAAAAUAGCAUGGAAGUGAACGCUGCUUAGUGGCUUGUCUGGGUUCUUUUCCUGAGUACUUUGUUUUCUUUGCAAUUUCAUCUUUGACUUUUGCUGUUGUAAUCUGCUGUUUAAAAUGAGCUGCUUCCUCUUUCCACUCCCCCAGUCAGUCUUGCCACAACAGAACCUUCCUGAGUGCCCUGAGUAGGGGCUGAUGUUGCAAAGGAUAUUUGGAACAAUCUUGAGGGAAUCCACCUCCAUCAAUACUGGAUUAUUCAGCAGCCCCUGAAUGUCAUGGGAUAUAGGGAAUACAUAGUGUGUUUGGGGGUUCUUGUAAUUCCAGUUUCUGCAUUUGAUAGCUGAAGGGAAAUGCUGACAACAACCAGGCCUUCUAGUAGAAUAGCUAGAAAGUAAAUGAAAGAAAAAUCUGUUUUAAUUUUAAAAUGAGAGAUAUUCAUGCUUUUAUUUGUUGUGCCAGCAAUCACGUUGCCACAUGCUUGUUAAGAUUGGCAAUGCAGUGGUUUUCUUUUGUUUUCAAUCCUGUUUCUUUCUAUUCCCUCACACAUACUAAUUUGGAAUACUUGCAGAAUCAAGGCCACAUAAGGUACAUUUUAUAUGCAGAAAUAACAACUGCAAAAAUGCCCACAAUUUCUGUUUAAUACAAAGUUAAUAUUUCUGAAUAUCUUGAACAAAAAAUGUUAUGUUAGAUCAGUUCCUACCAUCCUGCUAUUCUAGAUAAUUUCCUAGUUUUAAUUUUUUUAGUGACAUGAAGCAGGCUCUUCAUGAUGCUUGUUAUCAGCACAUAUCAGCAAAUCUUUCUGCUCAGAAAGAAAAGAUUUAAAAUUAAAUGUAGAUAUUUAAAAGUUAACUUCAGAUUUAAAACUGGACUUAAAUUAUUUUAAAGUUUCUGUUAUUCCUGAUGAUUAUUAUUAUAAUUAUUAUUAUUAUUGUUGUUGUUUUUGUUGUUGUUGUCAUAGCAAACAUUAGGACAACUUGAAAACAGCAAUUUACAAUCUUAUUGACAGCCUUUAAUUCUUUUAUAUGUUUGUGAAUUCAUCAGUGUGUUUCUCCAUCUAGUAGACUUACCUUUUUGUUACUGGAAGCAGACCUUUUUCAGGCUGUACUCAUACAUUACACAAGAAGCAAACAAAGUAUUUUCUCUACUGUAAAUAAACCUACAUUUUUAAACCUAAGCAAAGUAAUACAGGCAUGUGUGUUAUCACUAAAACCUGGUUUGCAGUAAGAUAUUCAGCAAACUAAAAUGUAUCACUGUACUUAUUUUAGAUUACUCAUUGGAGUGCAUUAUGCAGCAUUUUUCAUUCAAAUAAAUAGAAACAUCCUUUUCACAAAAUGGCAGUGAGAAUGAGAUACUUCUUUACAAAAUGGGCCCUAGAAUAUUUGGGUAGCACUGAAAGCAGUGACUUCCUGAGCAAAACUACUACUAGAAAAUCAGAGAAAUAUCUCCUUUUCUAAAACAAUUCUAACAACAUUUCCAUGCCUCUAGAAAUCAUUUUUCCAUGUAACCUACUUCCUUAAAAACCAACCAGAACACAUACACACACAUAUGUAUAUAAAGACACGUGCAUGGGGGGUUUUUGCCCCUAAUCAAAAACUAAAAUUCUCUCCUCCCUGAAAGAAGUGCUUAGAACUGUAAAACCAAGGUUGGAAAAGACCUGUGAGAUCACUGAGCACUGCCAAGCCCACUGCUGACAUGUCCCCAGGCCCCCCAUUCACAUGUCCUGCAAUUCCCCCAGAGGUGGUGACCCCACACGUCCCCAGGCAGCCUCUCCCAAUGAUCAUCCUUUCCAUCAGGAAAUUUUCCCCACUAUUCAGUCUACACCUCCCCAGGACAGCUCAAGGCUGUUUCCCCUUGUCCUAGCACUUCUUGAGAAGGGAAACCAUCCCCUCCUGGCUGCAGCCUCCUCUCACAGAGCUGGAGUUUAAAAAAGUCUCUCUUGAGCCUCCUUCCCUGCAGGCUGAGCCCCCCCAGCUCUGUUCCCUUCCCUGGACCCACUGCAGCCCCUCAGGGUGUGUCUUGUGCUGAGGUGGCUUUUUUUACACUAACAAAAAAACAAGUGUAUCCAAAGAAAGCAGUUCUGAAGAGGUACCCACAAUCCAUGGCAUCAGGAAUCCAGAGGUGACAACUGAGGUCUAAAAUGACAUCACAUCAAUGACGCCUUUAAGUUUUUGAAGUUCUACUCUAAGGCUGGAAAAAGCUGCAAAACCUACAAAUGUAAAUUAAAGAUGUUAUCUGAAUUAAUAAAACUGCCUAAGAGGCUAUUUGUGAUUAACAGCUCCCAUUUCUCUUUCACUUCUACCCCAUCCACAGGUGUUUUAUCUUUGCAAGUAAAACUUAAAAUGCACAGUUGAGAUUAAUCUCAAUAUUUAGUGCAUUGGCUGACACCAGUUCAAAUUAGAAAUAGACAUGUAGGGUUUGUGACAUCUUUAAUACUAAUUAAAAUAAACUGUUGCUAUUCUCUUAUGCCAACAGGUAGUACCUUGCAGUGGUGGUGGGACUGGUUUUACCUCACCAGAGGCUAAUGGGAGGGAGCAGCUUAUUUUCCUGUCUGGCAUGUGGCAGUGAUGAACUUGCUGAGCACCAUCCUUACUCCAUUCUGGAACAAAGCAAGGCUCAGAAAGGAUCAGAGUGUUCUAAAUUUCCUCCUGUGGUGAUGAAAUCCACUGUUUCCACUGCAGGAGCUGUCUCUGCCUGACCCCAAACUGAAAAUAAUGCCAUGGGAGAUCAGCAGCCCCAGGUAAUGGGCAGAGGGUCCCUUAAUUCACUGUGGCAAAGCCUUUUGAGCUUUGAUAAAAUAAUUUUUGAUAAAUAAUAAAUAAUUUGUGUCUCAGCUGUCCCUUUCCCCAGCUGUGACCUCAGAGGCAGCAGCACUGCCUCUUCUGAAAUUUUUGGUGUCAGCACACACAGCUCUUCAUUUCCACAGAACUGCACCAGGAAAGACUUCACUGGAGUAGCAGCAGGUAAAGGUCUGGUGGGAUGGAGCUGCUUCUGGUAUCGUGGAAUAGAAAUUAUAAUACCAAAAUUAAGGAUGUUUGCAAAAACAUCUGGAUAAUGAGAGAGAGAGAGGAAAUAAAGCUGUGGGUACAUCUCCUCUAAGGUGCUUCCCUUUCCCUUAAUUCACAUAUGCUGACCAGAAUAAGGAUCUCAAAACUAGGAUAUCCCCAGCCUCAGGGGAGAUAACAGGUUUUAUCAGGUCCUGCCCUGAUAAAAUUACUGAAUAAAAAAAAGUGGAAAUAUUGGGAGGAAGCUGGUUGAUGCAGCAGCCUCAUCUAGCGGCAGGUGUUGAGAUCUCUGGGUGAUCCCUGUGGGUGCUGACCUUCAUGGAGCAACUGCUCCAUCAAAAAGAUUGCCAAAGAAAUCACACUACCCUCUAAAUCACUAAAUUAAUUCCUGUUGAUGGUACAUAAUCCUGUGCUGUAUAACCUCCCCCAUGCUCCAAGCAGUAUCAGCAGCCACAGAAUGGGAUUAGGUUUUCUCUCAGCACAGCCAGGCCUUGUUCCUGCACAGCCAGAGCCUGCCGAGCUCACAGCAUCCCAGUGUGGGAAAAAGCAGCUAGCCCAUCCCUCAAAGACUUCUGUGUUAGCAAAGAAACCAACAUUCCCAACACCAAACCAUGCAACACUUUGUAAUAUAAAAUAAAUGCUUCUCACAGCACCCAGAAGUUGUGAUCUUAUACAAUCUUUGUACAUUUGGGUCAAAUGUGUUGUGUUUUUUUUUUUAAUAAAGGCAUAACAAGCAGUGUGUGGGGAGUGAUGGAAAGUGACAUGGAUCAGGUUCCCUGAAGCUGCAUGUCUCAGAUUGUGUAUCCAAUGAUCAGACUUCUGGUUGCUGGACUCUCUUGGAAUCCAACUUCAUUUUUUUUAGCAUGGAGAAUAAAGACACAAAGAAUAGAGACAACCACUAAAGCUACAGCGGAGCAAAAUCCCUACUCUCUUAACACACCCAAUCUCAAGAAAUAUUUCUGUUAAAUACAUUGGGAAAAUUGCUCCAGUGAUAUCUCAUAAAGUAAUUAUAAUUCAUCAUCUUUGUAGGAUUAGCAAGGUACAAGCCUGGUAUGUUCUUUUUGGUUUUUUCUCUGUAAAAGAAGACAUGGCCAUAAAUUAAAAACACACAACACUUGAACAGUGCAAAAACGAAAGGGGAGCAAGGGCUUUAAUCUCCUUAGCCUCUGUCUAACAUAGGGGUUAAAAUAAUAAACAACUUUAGCCCUCAUUAUUGAAACUCAGCAGAAUAAAAUCAACCCAGGAAGUUUUGUAUAUUCACAUUUUCUGGUGAUGAAAAGGGAGGCAUCAGAGCAGGUACCCUUAUUCUCUAGAGGCAUUUUGCUGCCUUUGGAGUAUGGGUUGCCAGUGGUUUCCUUGUUAUGAUUUCCAUGUCUCUGCUGGCAACAGGAGCAAUGCUGAAGCAUCCUUUGAGACCCUGGUGGUGAACCAGAAUUCAGUAAUUCUCCUGCAGCUCUGCUCCCAUCCCUCCAUGCUGCAGCACUCCAAACAUAUGCAGCAGGAAUGACACAGUGGUUGCAGUGGAGAGCUCUAGGCUGGUGCUUCAUUAGUUACUGCCCAUAAAGAAACACCCUCAGCAGCAUGGAGCACUGCAAAAGUAUGAAACAGAGUUCAGGAAAAGCCCUCAUUCUUACUUUCAGUAGUAGCUCAUGGGGAAAUUGUGCAUUCAUCAGCUGUUGAAGCUCCAUGGCCGUGUAUUGUCACUAUUUAUGUCUGUGCUGAGAACAAAGAAGCAGCAGAUUUUUUUUUCCCCUGUUAAGUACAUUGUACAAUAAAAGAGUUCAGCUUUCCCUUGACAAGGUGCACAAAGCUUGCCAAAUGCAAAAAGAAGCUUUCCAAAUUUUUCGAAGCUUUUUGAAGCUUUUUCAGUUUUUCCCUAUUUUCCAAAUGGGGAACAAAGGUUUUACAAUGGUAUUCCAUCACCAUACUUCAGAAACACAGAAAAUUUAAUGGGAGUAAAAUGCUUUUCUGCAGCCCCACCUAUUCCUUUUCUAUAAAUCUGGAUACAGUCUUGGGUUUUCAGAGGCAUUUAACUUCCCAGAUGGGUAGAAAGUUCUUUCAGGUGUCUUUUGGUGUACUAAUAUAUAAUACUAUUUUUGGCUGAAGGUUUCAGGAUAUCCUAAGGGGGGAGGAAAAGAAAAGGUUUUUAAAAUUGCAAUGUCCUUUUUUUUCCUACUCCUGCCUCUCCUAACUAUAUAAACAGGUACAAAAGAGUUAUCAGACAACCCUGACCAAUUCUGUGACUACAAUGACAUUUCAAAGCAGUACUGAAAUUGGCAAUAAAUCUUUGUCUAGAAGCUGCUUAAUGUGCAAUAGAUGAGAAGGUGGAUGGUUGUUUUAACUGGGUGUGCUCCUUGGAAUAUGAAAUGGAUCAACUACAGUCAGUUCCAUUAGAAAAUCAAGUUUUCACUUAAGGAAGAGUAAGCAGAAAGGCAGAAGAGAAUACUACAUGAACAACAGAAAGCGUUAAUGUUUACAGUGAUGUGAAAAAAAUUGAAAUUUAAUCUUGUAGAAAAGAUAGAGACAGAAAGGCUUGAGUGUCGAAUAGAAAUAAAAUGGAAACAUUUUCUGUUUUGAUGCCAGAACUCACACUGUCAUGAUGAACAAAAAAGAGAAGGGAUGUAGGAUGUCAAAGGGUUCUGAGAUGACCAGACAUAGAUGCAAUACACAUCAAUUACGUUGCAAUACACAAAAAUUAUGUUUUGUGUACACAUACAUGUUGUGUACAAGAAAAAUCACAGAAUGGUGCCCGUGGGGAGGUGGUGGCUGUGGUGAUGAAGGAGAACUUGUAGGGUUUUAGCCUGGCUGAUGCUGAAGUUGCCUCCUUGAGUUCCAGAAGAGCUGGGAAGGGAGCAGCAGGGCCAUGGGAGUUGUUGCUACCCUGUACAUGCAUGAAGUAGAAAAAUGUAGAGCCAAAGCCAGCCCAGGGAGCCUGGGGCACACAUUCUGUCUACUGUGACUCAAGUUUGAGGGCACAGUUACCACAUAGUUUAAUUUGAUGUAAGAAAUGGAACUUUUGCCCACAGACAGUUGUUGAUUUGUUUCAGAGAACAAACAUACUCCAUGGGUUGAUGAGAAGCUGGAGACACCGAAAGGAGAACAUACUCCAUAUUGAAAAGGCCCUCAAGUAAACUUUUUGUAGUGAUACAAUCUCCUAAGUGGCCACAUAGUUAGGACUCCUGAUUUUUGAAAAAUUUUCAAGGAUAACCACCAUCCCUGCACCGAUCUGAGAGCUGAAGUUAUUGCCUCCAUUCUCAGAAUCAAUUACUGGCACGUUUAUUUUUGGCCUCUCCACAAACAGACGUAAAAGUGUGAGGUACAUCUGAAAAGAAAUGAGGUUUUUAUAUGUAUUCUGCUGCAAAUACUGCACCACCAGUUCAGUACAUUUUUGAUUGUGGUUAACAGGCAGUUCUGCUCAGACAUUCAUCACAACAGAGAUGAGAAGAUACAGCAGAGUGCAUUAUUGCUUUGAGGGGCAAUACACACUAUGGGUGGGCUUCCUAGGAACUGUUUCAUCUCAACUUCAAUGUGUGUAGAAGUUCAUACUAGACUUAUCAAAUUCUAGAAAUAAAGAUUAGUAGACAAAAGGGAAAAGUAGUUCCAGUAGAGUAUUAUGCUAACAGUGCAGAAUUCUUUCCCAGAAUAUGUUUUUUCAGUGUUAGGGGUGGGGGUGCUUCAACCUACUUUAAUGUUUCUAGGCUUGGGGCUUCUACCUCUUCCCCUGGGAGAUUGUUCUAGAGUCUAUUAGAAUUCACCAUUAGAAAGCUUUUCCUGAAAAUGAAUUUAAAUAAUCCUUUUUGUAAUUUUUAUCACAUUAGUCUCAGUUAUACCCUUUUGCUUUAAAUAGUUCCUCUAACUAUGAUUUAUAUCUGUUGAAUAUUUUUAGAUAGUUAUCAAGUUCAUUGCCUUUGGCCAUUUAUUAGAGAAGCUAUGAAACCCUUCUCAUCCCAAUUCAUUCCUUCACUUUUGUAUUUCUUACCUUUUCAUUAAAUGUCUUUAAUCCACAAACUAAAUCCCAUGCUAUUUCCUUAAAUGAGUCACAGUCAGUUCAUUCCCUUAAGGUGCUCUGUGUUGGUGCGUGUCACUGCAUAAGUUGUCAAACAUUAAACAAUAAAUUUGAAUUGAAACCUGAUUUUGUAAAAAUCUUUUCUGUAAUCUGUGGAUAAGUUCUCAUAUGAUAUGAAUUUGGCAGUGUAUUUUACACGGGUAUGAUUUAACAAAAUAUAAAUAAACAGUGAAUAAACACUGGAGUCAGCUAAACAGUAAUACAAAGUAGAAUUUGUCAAAAAUUA